UAGUACGUACAUUCUCCUGACCUGGGCAUCGGAGGUACCCCAUAAUACCUCGAGCCUUCACUUGGUUUCUCUGGUACAAGUCCGUGAAUGUCGUGAGCAGGAGUGCGGAUCACGUCAUUAACACCCUCUUAUCUCUGCCUGUUUGCUGCCCUUAUACAGAGCAAGUCUCCAAAAAACUUGCAAACGUAUAUCCUCUAUCUAUAUCGGGCCUAUAUGUGGAAUUGGAUUCAAUGAUGGUCGUAAACCGGAUUACCAACAAAUCUCCGCCACCUUGGAGAUAUUAUACUUUGUGGGAUGAUAUUUUACAACUUUGCUUUCAUAUCUCUUUUUCCCAUUCAUCAUCAUGUUUAUAGGGAGGGAAAUGGCUUAGCUGAUGCAGUGGCGAAUCUUGGAGCAAAUGGCCUCAAAGCUUCUUAUUCCCCUAUCUCUCAACUGCCAAGACCCCUAUUGGGACUCUUCAACUUGGACAGAUAAGAAGUUGUUCAUUGCAUCUAAGGAAUGGCACCAACAAUUGAGUCAGUUUAUCUGGGGAAUGGAGGUUUAUCUGAGGGAAAUAAUAAGCGCAGCAACAGGUUUGUCAAGGCAACCUGGAAGAACAAUCUGACAGCACUUGUGGUGGACAAUGUAGAAUUAUGCCGAGUACUGGAGAGGGAAAACCUACGUGCCUAUGGUGUGGAAACGGUAGCUGUGGAGACAGGGGAGGCUGCAGUAGAGCUCGUUGCUUCUGGAUCAACCUUCAAUCUUAUUUUCAUUGACAUAUAUCUGCCUACUAUGAGUGGGCCAGAGGCCGUGAGGCAGAUUCGUGCCAUGGGUGUCCGCAGCAAGAUUAUAGGUCUUACUGCAAUAAUUACUGAAAAAGAUGAGCAAGAUUUUUUUGCAGCUGGAAUUGACGAGUUCUAUGAAAAGCCACUUGAUCCAGAUUGGUUCGUCCCAAUCAUAAGGGAGGUCGACAACCAGAUAUGAAGCAAAUAAAUAUAUACCAAAGUAGAGGACUCAAUUCUCAUGCAGGUCCCAGUGUCGUACCUUCAGUUUCCUUGUUGUAAUCGUUUUCUAUGUUGUUCUGGGAUGUAUUCUGUUGCCAUAGGCAAUUGAAGUACAUCUGCAGAAUUAGUAAUAACAGCAUUAAAAAUGCUAGUCUGUUUCUGUUUCUGUUUGUGUGUCUGUGUCUUUGUCCUUGUCUUUGUUUGUUGAAAGCAUAUAAACGGAAUUGGGUCCUCUUUAAGUUUAAUGCAAAAA